AUGGUACUAGGACUUAAGGAGUCACUGGAAUCUGAACUUGAUGGGGCAACAACAAAGCCACACAUUAAAGAUUUGAUUGUUAAUACUCACAACUACUAUCGAUCAAUCGUGAAACCAUCUGCCAGGAACAUGUUAAAAAUGGAAUGGAGUGAAGAAGCUGCAGAAAAGGCUAACCAUCAAGCAAGCCGAUGUGUAAUGCAGCAUAGCCCAUUUUCUUCUAGAAGAGUGUCAAAUCCUUAUGAAAUGCAGUGUGGUGAAAAUAUAUUAUUUUCCAGUACAGAGACUGACUGGGCAAAAGUAAUCCAGGAUUGGGAUAGUGAAAAAGACAAUUUUGCUCUUGGUGUUGGACCAAAAUCAGAUAAAGAUAUGGUCGGUCAUUAUACACAGCUUGUCUGGGACAAAUCCUUUCUUGUUGGAUGCGGAGUUGCCAAUUGCCCUAACAGUCAAUUUCCCUACCACUUUGUCUGCCAGUAUUGUCCAGCUGGAAAUGAUAUGAGGAGGUUAUAUAAACCGUACAAAAAAGGAAAACCAUGUGCUGACUGCCGAGGUUCCUGCGAUGGAAAAUUAUGUAAGCCACCUGUGUAAAGAAGAAGACC